AGAGGGAAGCUGGAAGCAUCUCCAUCAGGCGAUCCCACUUGCAGCGAAGCCGUCGUGGACGAUUAAAAGCCACAAAACACCUCCGCAAGCUUCCGCCAUCUAUUCCAUGGCUGAACAUUCCAGUUCCAUUUCCAACCCCUUCUUCUCAACGUAUAAAUCAGCAACCCCUAAACCUCCUUCACUAUCGACAUCUAAGUUUUCCAAAGAUGGGUUUAAUUUUCGGGAAGAUCAGUGUCGAAACGCCCAAAUACGAGCUGAUUCAAUCCACUGCGGACUACGAAAUUCGCAAAUACGAGCCGUCGGUGGUGGCCGAAGUCACCUACGACCCGACCCAGUUCAGAGGCAACAGAGACGGUGGUUUCACUGUGUUAGCGAAAUACAUCGGAGCCAUUGGCGAGCCACAGAACAUGAAGUCCGAGAAGGUGGCUAUGACGGCGCCUGUGAUCACCAAAUCGGAGAAGAUCUCGAUGACAGCUCCGGUGGUGACGGGGGGCGAAGGAGGCGAAGGGAAGCCGGUGACGAUGCAGUUUGUGCUACCAAGCAAAUACAAGAAGGCCGAGGAGGCUCCUAAACCCGCGGAUGGAAGUGUUUCGAUAAGGGAAGAAGGGGAGAGGAAAGUGGCAGUCGUGAGAUUCAGCGGAAUUGCGACAGAGGGGGUGGUUGCGCAGAAGGUGGAGAAUCUAAAGAAAAGCUUGGAGAAAGAUGGGAUUAAGGUGAUUGGGGAUUUUGUGUUGGCGAGAUAUAACCCACCUUGGACAUUGCCUUCUUUGAGAACCAAUGAAGUUAUGAUACCAGUAGAGUGAUUUGAAUCCUAAUGUUUAUACGCAUUCUGUGUUUGAUAUUCAUGGAUUAGUAUAUCAUGUCUAGUGCUCUGUUUCUUCUGAAUAAUACCAUUACUCUCAUGUAAGAUAAACUAUUAUUCACUCAAUACGAUUAUGUCAUGCUUCAAGAU